CCGGCUUAGGUAAGAUAGGUAGCGUCUCUAACAAAUACGACAAGUAAGAAAAAGUCGUUAUUUCCUGCUUGAUCAAUUUUAAGUAAAUAAAUCCGACAAGGCUAUUUACUUGAAGCUAUUCGUUAGGUACUUUUGCUCAAAUUAGCCCCUGAACCCCCUAAACUCCCCGAGUUCUUUAUAUUUAUACUCGUCGCCUUGACCACAAAUAGUUUAUACGAGAUUCUUGUAGCAAUGUUAUUAGACUUAUCGAGUCCUUGGAAUCGUAUACUUAGCGUUUACUGUCAGGUAUUUUAUUACAAACGGUCCUUGUAGGGAGGGACCUGAAUGCCGUCAUUAUAUCUGGGAUGCACUCAAAACUCGAAAAUACACAGUUUUGAUUGGUCAAAAGUCCUAGAUUUUUUCUUGCACCUGACCAGGCUGACAGGUAAGCACACAACACAACUAAAACAACACCAGAGAAACGAUCGGAAUCCAAGAACAAGGACGAGAAGAAAAAAAGACAAAUCCAAUGCGAAUCAACCCGCAUAAAUGGCUACUCAAUCUCAGCUUCCUACUGUUCCAGAAGAGGUCACAGCCUCCUGGCUUUCGGAUGUACUGAAGGUUAAUGUCAAAUCGACAGAGCUGAAAAAGAUAUUGCCUGGUACCGCUACUAAGCUCUACGUCAACGUCAAGUACGAGGAUAAUUUAGGCACGGAUAAGGCGAUACUAAGGUCUACUAAUCUCUGCAUCAAGGGUGGGUUUAACCCAGACUUUAUCGAACAAGUUCCCUGGGUCGUCAUGAUAUAUCAACGUGAGGUGGAAUUUUUGAAUCGUGUGGCUCCGUCCCUCGGCCAUAUUGAGAUCCCCAAAACUUGGUGGGCGGGAUAUAAUUCCAGGCAAGGUAUCGUGAUAAUGGACGACCUUUCUCAAAGAUGUGAAUUUGGAAAACCUACAGAGGCAUGGCCUGUCACGCGGGUGCUUGCUGGUGUUGAACAGCUUGCGGCAUUGCACGCAUCGACUUGGGGUGUUAAGCCAACGGACUACGCCUGGCUCACGUCGGAUUACGAUCAAGCUAUCCUCACUCUGAUGCAAACAUUUGACGAUGUCGUGCAUAGCCCAGAACGACCAGCAGUACAUGACUACCUCAAAGAUCAAAAACGCAUUACGGAGGUUCUAAAGAAACACUUCACCUCGAGAAACCCAAAUUCCGAUGUUUAUUACACGGCGACCCUCAUACUGGAAACACUUAUCUUGAAAAAGGUGUACCUCGGUUCCUCGACUGGCAGAUAAUUCAUAUCGGAUCGGCUUUUCACGACGUAGCCUACUUCAUCGGUGGUGCUUUGAGUAUCGAGGAUAGAAGGACUCACGAGUAUAAAAUUUUAGAUCACUACCUCGCCACGCUAGAGAAACUAGGCGCCCCGGCGUUCUCAGGAAGUGACAAGGAUGUCUUGCAAGAAUAUCGCAAGUCAUUCUUGGCGGGAAUCGGCUGGAUAAUGUGCCCUUAUGAGAUGCAGGCCAAAGAAUGUGUUGAUGCUAUGGUCAGGCGGUACUCGGCAGCACUGGAUGACCAUAAGACUUUGGAGAUUGUGGAGUCUUUGGCUGAUAUUUAAGGGGGAUUGCAUACAUGAUAGGGUUAAACAAACACCAUCCCUGUCAUGAGGUGAACCAAGAAGCUAGGAAACAACCUUGUUGUUCUUUGAGGAACUCUAAACUAGUUACGGGAGCCUACAGCUAUACAUAAUACUGGCUUUCUUCUUGUCCUCUCUUUAGACAUAUGCUUGGGGACCGAUUGUCUAUAUUGUCCCCACCAGCUGCGAGCGGCAAGGACUCUACUCGCAAUAGUUAUGUUGGGGAAAACUGCAAGGCUAUCAACGCUUCCAUAUUUAUAUACUCAUUUGAUAUAUAAUUACAACAUACUCCCCUAGUUAUACGAUUACUACUAUUACACUCA